AUGGCCUCUGGAGGUACAUCUAUAAACAAAGGAUCUGACCUGAUUCAUGAGUUUUGCUGUUCCAAGUGUGAGGAAAACGACCUGAAUACUGAAGCCCAGCACUUUUGUCCACAGUGUGAACACCAUCUGUGUAACACGUGUGUGAAGAAACAUCGGGAUUAUUUCAAGAAGCAUGUUGUGUAUGGUCCUGGUGAUAUUCAGAUGUGGGCGGGGUUUUCCAUUGAGAGAUGUGAACGACAUGGUGAAAAGAUAGUGGUCCACUGUGAUGAUCAUCAGGAACUAUGCUGCAGUGUCUGUGUGGCCCUUUCCCACAGGCUUUGUAGCAGCAUCAGUCAUCUGCCUGAUCUGGCCAAAGACUUCCUGAAAACAGCAGAGUUCAAGCAGCUGCGAGCAACAGUUGAUGAGAUGAGGAACAUAUUUGAUGUGCUCAAUAAUGUCACGAUGAUAGACCAAGCCUCAAUAAAGGACUCGUACACAAACACUAUCGCUGAUAUCAAGGCUUUUCGCAAGGAGAUAAACAUGAUCCUAGACCAGCUGGAGAAGAAGACAGUUGAACAGUUGGAUCGCGUGAUUAAGGGUUCAGAGGAGACUUAUAAAACUGAUAUGGAAACCUGUACCCGGAUGCAAAACCAACUCAAGACCAUUAUGGAAACGCUCCAGCAGAUAACUGGCAAACAUCAGGAGACCAUUUCUUAUAUUGCUUCCAGACAUUGUCAGGCCAAGUUGAGUGAAGCCAUGAGUCUCGUACACAAGAUACAGAAAAGGCCAAAAGAAGACAUUAAGUUCAAUUCUGAUAAAAGUGUUAUACCAUUCCUCAAAAACAUUACCAACCUUGGAAAUGUUGAUACUAUAAAGUUCGUGCAAAAAAUGGAACACAGCGAUUAUGUGUACAAGGCUAUUGGUUCAUGUCAUUAUCCUGUUAAAAUAAAAAAUGAUGCCUACAAAUGCCAUAUUGUAGGGAUAUGCGUAUUAACCAAUGAAGAGGUGGUUAUUGCUGAUCAUAACAACAGUAAAGUAAAGCUUUUAAAUGGUCACUACCAAGUUACUGAUCACUUUGAUCUCCCUUCUUUUCCGGUUGACAUGUGUCUAACUGCAAACAAUGAAGUAGCUGUAGCUGUUGAUGAUUGUGCCAUUCACUUCCUCUCGGUGACCAGAGGGAAACUAAAGGCAGUGAAACAAUUCAACACAGACCACAACUGCAACUCCAUUGCCCAUCACCAGGGAGAGCUGUAUGUUGGCUCCAAUAAUGUUCUGUACCAGUACACCAUGGCUGGACAAAAAGUAAGGACGAUAUAUAAAGACAAGUCCGAUAUUUUUACAUCGAACAAAUUCGCUGUAAGUCAUUGUGGCGAGAGAAUAUAUGCUACAAAUUCCUAUACUAACACGUUAGUAACAUUUAACAGAAAUGGUGAAGUGUUAUCUUCAUUAAAAGAUCCUGAACUACAGCAACCCAGUAGAGUAUGUGUUAGUACUAGUGGCCAUGUGUUUGUGUGUGGGACGGGGUCUCACACCGUGGUACAGGUGGACAGAGAGGGAAGAAAGAAGCUUGACACAGUGGCCACGGCGGCUGAUGGCUUGUGUAAGCCCCAGUCAGUAUGGAUAUGUGAACAAACCUCAAUUAUCAUAGUUGGGAAUCAUGUCAGUGACAAAAUUAUCAUUGCAAAACUGAGUUAA